AGGGGGAGCCAUUAAAAAAAAACAGACUUUUUUUUUAUUAUUCUUCCUCUCGGGCUUUUCAGCCCUCGGGAGUCGCAUCUUUGAACGCUUCUUCUCCAGCACGGGGCCAAAGAAGGGCCGAUCCAGCAGCUGGGUUGCUAACGAGACUUGGGUUUGCUUCCCCGCUCUGCCACGUGUUUCCUUCAGGGCCUUCGGCAAGUCACUUGGUCUCUGUGCCUUGGUCUCCUGUCAGCAGGCUGGCAGGACAGCAGUACAGCGUGCAGGGGGCUGAGAGGAUGAGCACGCCAGCGGCUGUGAGGCGCUGGGAUAGCCUGGCAAUAGGAGGCUGGGUUAGAAACCAGAGAACAGCUGAGUUGAAGGACAACGAGAAGAAUACUAGUACUGGAGAAUAUGACCUCUGAGGAGAACUGCUCAGUGACCUGAUUUAUACGAUGUUCCUGGAGAAGUAUGGCUAUUUUGAGGCGCCGGCUCCACGCAUGCACAGCCCGGCUCAGUUCCGAGCAGCAGUGAGGGAGUUCCAGUGGGUGACUCACCUGCCAGUCAGCGGGGUCCUGGAUGCUUCCACACUCCAUCAGAUGAGCCUGCCUCGUUGUGGGGUGAAUGACGCUGAAAGCCACACUGCCUGGGCCGAGCGGGUGCAUGCUGUGUUCUCCGGCAGAAGGGCCAAGGCAAGGCGCAGAAGGCGUUAUGCACAGCAGAGUGGAAAGUGGUACAAACGGCACCUCAGCUACCGGAUUGUGAACUGGCCUUGGUACCUGCCCCAGCACCAGGUGCAACUGGCUGUGAAAGCAGCCUUUGAGCUCUGGAGCAACGUCUCCUCCCUGGUGUUCUGGGAGGCGCAGGACGGUCCUGCUGACAUCCGCCUGACAUUCUUCCAUGGUGACCACAACGAUGGACUUGGCAACGCCUUCGAUGGGCCAGGGGGGGCCCUGGCCCAUGCAUUCUUCCCCCGCCGUGGGGAGGCCCAUUUUGACAGUGAUGAGAGAUGGUCCCUGCACAGCAGCAAGGGUCGCAACCUGUUCAUUGUGGCAGCACACGAGAUUGGGCACACCCUGGGACUGGAGCACUCGCCUGUCAAGAGUGCCUUGAUGUCUCCCUACUAUAAAAAACUCAGCAAGGACUUUGUCCUGAGCUGGGACGACAUCCUCGCAGUCCAGAACCUGUACGGGAAGCCUUCCAAGGGCUCAGCUGUGCAGCUUCCAGGGAAAGUAUUUGCUCAUUUCCAGGACUGGAGCCGUACCUUCCCAGGUGGCACUCAGCAGCAAGGCAGACAUGUCUCUUAUUACUGCCACUCCUUCUUUGAUGCCAUCACUGUUGAUGCAGAUCACAACCUGUACAUCUUCAAGGGCAACCACUACUGGCUGGGGUCAAAGAGGGGAAAAGCCACAGAGCCACAGCCCCUGCAGACCCGAUGGGCAGGGCUCCCAGCUGGCAUUGAUGCGGCUACCUGGUCAGAGGCAGAUGGCAAAUUCUACUUCUUCAAAGGUGGCCGAUGCUGGCGAUACAAAGGCUCCACACUGGAGGCAGGGUUCCCCCAGAAGUGCAGCACUAGCAAUCUCCCCCGACACCCCAACGCAGCCCUGUACUUCCAGCAGCUCCACCACCUCGUCCUCUUCAAAGGUCCCAAGUACUACGUGGUGAGUGAGGAGACGCUGCAGGUGGAGCCCUACUACCCCAGGAGCCUGAGGGACUGGAAUGGGGUCCCAGCUGAAGUGAAUGGUGCCCUGACCCACCACGAUGGCUUUGUUUACUUCUUCCAGGAUGAUCAAUACUGGAAAUUUGACCAGGGCAAGUUGCAGGUGGUGAUGACUGGGAAAUGGGCCACUCAGCUGCCAUGGAUGGGCUGCUGGGACGUGAAUUCCAGUCAGACUCUCUUAUGAGCUUCACUUGAAGGGACCAUGACACCAAGGUGCUGACUGCCAUGGUAUGCAGUAUGCAUAUGUAACAGAGGGCAGUCCUGAAGAUGGUGGCUGGGAUCCCCUGUCUUCUCCUCUGAUCAUAGGAGAAGGACUCUUAUUCCACAAUCCACGUGGCUCACCAGGUUGGGUCUUUUACCCAAAUACCUCUCAUCAGUCAUCUACUUGAACUCCCAUCUCAGGUUUGCAUCACAGUGACUGUCCAAUGUAAUCAGAGAGUCUCUUGCCCUCUGAGGAACAGUGGACCUAUCCCUUCAUCCUGAGUGCACUUCUGUGGGUCAGGCUCCUCUGCGCAUACCCCCCUAUACACGGGCAAAGGCAGCCCUUUUACAAAGCACUGAGAAGAUGCUGUUCUCAGGAAACCAACCUCCCAGUUCAACAACAUCCCCACUCAUGAAUAGGGAUCACUGGUGCUAUGACUGGGGAAGCCCGAUCAAUCUGGAAUAAACAGUCCUGAGCUGUGAGGGUUGCGUUGGUUGGGAUCUUUUUGGAUGAAAAAAAAUUGAGGGUUUUUUUUUGUCCAGAAAUAUCCUUUUUGUUUUUUAAUAUUAAAAAAUCCACCUCAGAACCCAUUUUUUUCCAAAUAUGUUGCUUUUUAUGUUUUUA